AUAAAAAAUCAGGAAGCUAUAAAUAAACAUUAUGAAACCAUUCGCUUAUAAACUAAAUCAGCCAAAUAAGGAAAAAGAUUUCAAUUACCGACUUUCUAAAUGUCGUCGUGUAAUUGAAAAUGCGUUUGGACAGCUGAAAGCACGGUUUCGCAAAGUAGGCAGAGGUUUGGAAGUAGCAACAGAAAAUGUUAACGUCAUCAUAAAAGCCUGUUGUAUGCUACAUAAUUUUUCAAAAGUAGAAAAUGAUCAUGUUAGGUACACAUGGGUAAGAGAUGCAAAGUCAGCAGCGUCUACAGCACCUUCACAACCUAGAUACACAACAAGAGCUGGCGAAAAUAAUGUGGAGGCGAAAGUUAUAAGAGAUGCGAUCGCAUUAAGUUUUCGUAAGUAA